AUGAUGAAUGGUGACAACGAAGAGGCUGGGCCGAGCAACGACCCGCAAGCCAACGAUGAAGAAUUCCUUCGACUGCUCGAGGACAUCAGACGCCGAGCAUCGGAAGAAGACGAAGCCUUGAAAAGUGACCCGUUGACGCAGAAUGUCCGUGAUUACACGCUGGAAGAUAUGGGGGUUGAUGUGACCGGAAUGGAGUGGCUAUUCAACCAUAACGACAAUGACAUCGAGGGAAUGGAACUGAUCGACGAUCACAUUGAGCUGCUCAGGGGCAUCAACCGCGUCACCAUCGAAGAGAUUGAAGUCGACAGCAUGAUCAAGAAGAAAUUCAAGUUCGACGACCUCGACGUUGAGGAUCAUUUUGGCAACGUCGAUCCGUACGAAAGACCAAAGAAAGCAAAGGCUGGCAUCGCAUAUGCGGGCAGAGAUCUCAUCUCGGUGAUAUGCCAGCAUGUAGAACUCGCCGUGGAAUUGGGCAAGCAUCUCAACGGAAAAGACGUGUUGAAUCUGUGCCUCGCAAAUCGCCGCUUUUACGAUGCCAUCAACGGCUAUCUGCUCUCCAGCGUCCGCGCGUGGAUCGAAUACAAAGCCCCUGAAGCAGGCCGAGUCUUCCACUACCAGCUGUACGCAAGGCAUUUAGUUGACGAUCCUCAGAAGAGAACGUGGAUGGCCUUGAAUCAAGGCAUGACAACUUCCCCAAAGAAGGACAGCAAGGUCCGUAAGGUGCCUGGACUGAAGUAUCUACAGCUCGUCCUGGGUCGGGAUAAGUACUGCAGGGAGAUUCUCGCCAUCAUGGCUAGAUGCGGCCACAGGAUGCCAUCGACGAUGCAUCACUCGUUGCUGCGCCUUUGGCUUCUCAUGGACGUUGCCACUACGCAGCAGAGACAGGCGAUGCUGCAGAUGACGCACAUCUUCAAAGACACUGAUCUCUACAACAUGCAAAUGUUCUUCAUCAAGCUCGGCAUGGCCUUCAACGACCCUGUUUACGGCCCCUGCACGUUUGAUCUGGUUCAACUCAUGAUGGGCCAGAAAGGCCUGUUCAAGCUCUGGCAGCUACUCACCCGCAAGAAAUUCAACAAGCUGGCCGACAUCCUGGAUCUCAAGCUGCGCUACGACUUCAACUUUGUCAGCGAGGGCACUUACUGGAUGGAACAUGGGCUGAGCCAGAUCCAAGGUAUCCCUCUUCACGAAGUCGGUCAGCAGCACAAGGAAGGCUGGGGAGCAGGUCGAAUGCAUCUCCUCCGCCCAGACGAAGCCGUUCCUGUAGAGGCUGUGCGCAGAGGCCUUCAGUUGGACGACCAUCUGAGCCACAUGGUGAUCUGGGGAUACUUUGACUGGAAGACGGGCGAGAACAUUGUCCCCUCGCUGGAGGAGAUGUACAUUGAAGACGAAGAUGAAGUGCUCGCCAAUGUCGAUACGCUUGAGCACUGGAAGCCAAAGCACGUCCUCAAGAAGCGCUGGGAAGAACUCACGCCCCAGCAGCAAGAUGAAAUCCUGUCCGACGAAGAAGACGAACGACUACGCGCCCAAGCUUGGUGUAGCACCCUAGACGAAGACGACGACGCCGGCAGUCUGGACGACUCAGAUUCAGACUCUGACGAAUCGCUCGAUCUCGAUGAGGAAAUCAACCGCGGCUAUAUUGUGCCUCCACAGCCCAAAGACCAUGAAUCUACUGUUCCAGGUGUCCAUGAUAUGCAAGGCUGGGUCAAUUUUGUCAACCAGUCGAUACUGGGGGGUAUGGUGCCCGACCUCGGAGGAGAUGAGAGACUGAGGGCCGAGGCGUGGAACUCGCAUCCCGAGCCUGAGGCCGAGCCUCAGAUCGACAACGAGCAGCUGCUGGACGCCUUUUUGGCGGAGCUGCGAAGUAGGCACCGGCAGCAACAAUGGGCAGCGUCAUCUGUGCCUCAGGAGGAAGACGGAGAUGAUGACGAAGGAGAAGAGGAAGAUGAUGAAAUGGAGGAUGAAGAAGAGGAUGAAGGAAUUGUCCAGGAUAAUGACAACCCAAACAACGUCGGGAGCAUCUACCAGGGCGUCCAAUUCCAUUUCCAGCCACCCUCUGAUGCCCAAUUCCCCUACUACUACCCUUUCGACGACGCGCAGAUGGACCUCGAUCUGCAGUCCUUUAUGCCAACAUCUGCCGCUUCCAAUUUAGCGGAAGAUCCUGUCGGACUCUAUAGUGGAGAAGACGAACUCUUGCAGGAUGAAGAUGAGGGCCAGGAUUACGAUGACGUGCUUUGA